GUAUGGGACUUUUAUGUUUGUCUUAAUCCAAUCUACCUUCACACUUCGGGUUGGCAAUUUAUAAUCACCCACCCUAUAUAAGCAUCUGAAUGUAAUUUUGGCGCUGCAAUUUUGAUAUGCGUCUCAUCUAUUGUUCCUAUCACUUUUGGAAAUUUGUAUCUAUUUUUAAUACAUGUCCAAAUUUCUUCAGCUCUUUCUCUUUGUGACCAUGUAAUAAAUCUGUCAAGAUGUGAAUACAACGCAUUUUGGACUAUUGGCAUUUUGGAAUACAACUUUUUGGACACAACUCCGAGCAGUUCCUUUACCAAUACCGAAUCGAUCAGCAACACAUCUACAUAGUUAACGAAGCAUUAAAUAUGACACAUAUAUUAACAUUAUAUUUUUAUUAUAUAUAAAUUUUAUUUAUCUAUAUGAAUUAGGAGUUGCCAUCAUCCAUAUCGCUACUAAUAAUGUUUUUUCAGAUGAUAUUGUACAUCUGCCACAUCCCUCUAAUUGUUUCGAUAAUUUUUCGCUUAAUAGCUCUAGCAAAAACCUAAAUGUUAAUCGACUGAGGCUAUGCAAAAAAUUGUACUUUGGGUAUACGUUCAAAAUGAUAAUAGUUAUCUAAUAUUUCCAUUGUAUCAGAAUCACUGGAUUCCUCGCUGGAAUCAUCGUGUACUAUUUCCAAAAGGGUUUUUAAUAACAGGCGUUUUGCCGGACACGACGAAGAUGACGGAUACGGCGAAGACGAUGACGAACACGACGAAGACGACGAACAUGGCGAAGACGAUGACGAACAUGAUGACGCUGACAACGAAGACGACGAAGAUGACGACGAAUACGACUACGAAGACGAUGAGGACGACGAAGAUGACGAGGACGGCGACGAAGACGAUGACGAAGACAACGAAGACGAUGAAGACAACGAAGGCCGUUUCAAAAUUCACUGCUAGUACUGAAAAUAUAUAGUUUGUGUCACACAAGCUAUAACUUUUCAGCGCUGGCAGUAAAUUUUGGAAUACGACCUAAGACGAUAAAACGCGAGUAGCAGCGAGAUAAAAUACAAGUAGUAGUGCAUUGUCCUUCCCCUCGCCGCGCACUGGUAAUAGUCGCUGUAUCAAAUGGACUGCGCUUUGGGCCGCUUACAAUUGCCGCGUUCAGUAGAACAAAGUGAUCAGAGAGCGCUUGGUGAUU